CCCGCCCGCUGUACAUUUAGAGUAGGCUAUAAGCUAAAAUCUAUAUCUGAAGAACAUAUACACAAUUACUUGCAAAAUGACCAUAUGUGUAAGAUUUAGUGCUGGUAGGUAAAUGUUUACACAACUUUACAGAAUAUUCUUAGCAGCUGAAUUCUUAGCAGCUGAGAUUUCCCUGAAUGCAAACAAUAAACAUUAUUAAAAACAAUGAUCACAAACGUCAUAAUUAAUUAUUUUUGUUAUUUGUAACCAAGUUGUUAAACAAGUAUAAAAUUGCUAAAAUCCUAAAAAAAUGUCAAGAAAAUGGCAAGCCAAGGUUGGCAGCAUCAUUAAAACUCAACAGGUGAGCAAUUUGCUCUCUUCUCCUGCUGCUAAUCAUUUUGAGGAAGAAGAAGAAGAAGAAGAGAUCCAACAAGAUGUUUCAAGGAGGUUCUGCUUUGAAUCACAGGAAGAUAAAAGAAUUAGAAGAAACCGAAAGCAAGGCUUGCAAGAGCAACUGGCCGAGGUAGAAGUUGAUAUCAACGAAGUAGCGGAAAAAGACGAUGACGACAUUGCGGCAUCUGUUUCAAUGAUGGUAGCUUUCGUUUUGAAUUCUGUGUAUUUCAAAGGUAUGAUUUUUGUCGUGAUCGGCAUCAACGCAUUUCACAUUGCCCUGCAAACGGUGGAAACCAUAGCUAUCCCAUAUUCAUAUAUCUUCUUUUUCGUGGAUAACCUGAUCAUGGGCAUCUUCAUAUGCGAGAUCGUCCUUAAGUGGUACAGCGGUUUUGUUAUAUUUUGGAAGGACUACUGGAACUUACUAGACUUCAUCGUCAUAUUUGUUUUACACUUGGGACCGUGGCUUGCUUUCUUCAGUAACACGAGGUUGCUUCGGAUUCUGAGAGUAAUUCGAGCAUUUAGAAGUUUGAAAACCGUUACUUCACUGACAGGUCUCUCUCUUGUCGUUGAAACCAUAAUGCAGUCGGUGACGGACAUGGCAAACAUUAUGAUGCUGCUAAUUAUCUUCAUGGUUGUCCUCAGCGUGGUUGGUGUAAAGUUGUUUGGAAAGUAUGUGCCCGAGUACUUUGGAGAUCCCAUCAAAUGCAUGUUCUCUAUAUUUGUCUGUUUUACACAGGAUGGGUGGAUGCAAAUCUUCCGCAACUUUGAGAGGUACGCUGAGGAGGAUAAGUUCACUUACAUAUCUGCUUGUUGCUUCUUCAUCCUGACCAUCCUCAUGGCUGCAUUUAUCAUUGCGAACCUCAUCGUUGCUGUGGUAACCACCAAUCUGGAUCGAGCAAUGAAAGAAAUGAAGGAAGAACAGCGGUCGAAGCGUGACACUUUGCCAUUGGAAAGUAAACAAGACAAACAAAACAAGAAGCUGGAGAUCGAGGGAGAGGAAGAUGAAGUCCCGGAUGUUGGUUUGGUGCACAUCUCUGAAGUCCUGGAGAAUGGUACGAUGGGAGGGGGAGGAGUAAACGUGGAUGCUCUGAAGCCUCAGCGUCCUCUUUACAAGUGCGACGUCUCUCAUAUUACGACUGAGAAGCUGGAGGAUUACUUUUUGCUUCUUAUUGCCUUGGAUGAAAAUCUGAAAGCGCAUCAGGAGAUCCGAGACGUUUUGUCGGGUGUCCUCCGACAAAUCAGAGGACUUAAUGAUACGGCUGGCGGUGAUGCGGAAGCAGCGAGGCUAUUGAUCGGGCAGCGAAAGUCCGCGAGCUUGUAUGAUGAUUUAUCGCGGACUACCAUCCGGAGCAGAAUGGAACAAGAUGACGAAGAGCGAAAGGAAUAGGAUUCAGUGACAACAAAAAUAAUAAAUUUACUAUAAAGAUGC